AUGAUGGAAAUUUCGAGUGGAAGUGAUUAUAGCGAUAUUGCUAACGAGAUAAUGCAAAGAUAUGAAACGAAAAAAAAGAAAGAAGAAGAAAAAAAAAAUAUUGAGGUCAAGAAUUAUGAUGAUACCCUUUACCGUAAGAAAAUUGUUAAUUCGAACGAAUGUAAUAAUAAAAAUGUAAUUAAUAAUUUUAAUGAUGAUAGUAGUUAUGAUUCACUUGUUGAUGAUUUUUAUAAUAAAACUAUAAAUCAAAAUGAGAAUAAAAAUGAUGAAGAAAUAAUUAAUGUAAAUAAUUUUUAUUUGAGUGAUAAUGAAAAGAAAGAAGAGAAUACAAACAUAAUUAAUGAUAAAAUGAAAUCGAAUAAUUAUAUAAAAAAGAAAAAAGAACAAAUUAUUAAAAAAAAAGUUAUACAAAGAAAUAAUGAAAUAUUCAAAAGAAAUUAUAAUAGACCUUUAAUGCCAUUAUUAAUAAAAAAAAAAAAAAAGAAUUUUAUCUCUCAUAAAAAUAGAAAAGACAUACAUCAAAAAAAUAAUAAAAUAAACAUGAAACAAAUAUACCAUUUAAAUGAAUGGGAUAGUAAUCAAAAUGAUUUGGCAAAAUAUAAAUUAUCUAAAGAAGAACUUGAACAAAAAAAAAAUAAUUUAAAAUCAAAAAAUAUAGAUAAGGUAAAAAUAGAAUAUCAACAAAAAUUACAAAAAAUGAGAGAAAACCAAAAAGUCGGAAACAAGAAUAUUACCAUGUCUCUAAAAUGCAAACAAGAAAAAGAUGAAGGAAAUCAUAAUAAAGAAUUAUCCAAUUCGCUCUGUUCAAAUAAAUCACAUAAUAAAAAUGUAACUAUCUUAAGUGAAGAAAAAAACAAAAAUAAAAUAAAUAAUAAUAAUAAUAAUAAUAAUAAUAAUAAAAAUAAAAAUAAUAUUUUAAGAAAAGAUAAAAAAUUAAAACAGGAUGAAACAUAUCAAACUCUGAAAAGGGUUGAAAAUACAAAUACAUGUGAAAUGAAAGAAAACUUCAUGAAAGAUGCUAUUAAUAAUAAUAAAUGUUGUGAUAAUACAUAUUGUUACAGUGAUCAUACAAACAAUAGUAAUAAUCAUUAUCAUUUAAAUGAAUACAUUGAACAAAAUAAUAUUAAUAAGUCCAAUACAAGAAGUACAAAUAACAAAGUGAAAAAUUAUUAUAAUAAUAGAAAAACGACAAAUCCAAAAAAUGAAAAAACUCCACAUUAUUAUAGAAACAAAAUUAAUACUUUUAAAAAUUUUAAUAAAUCAUGUGAUGAUAACAUUUCGAAUCAUACAUAUAAAGAUACCUUGGAUGUACAUGGUAAUAAUUUGGAUGUACAUGGUAAUAAUUUGGAUAUACAUGGUAAUAAUUUGGAUGUACAUGGUAAUAAUUUGGAUGUACAUGGUAAUAAUUUGGAUGUACAUGGUAAUAAUUUGGAUAUUCAUGGUAAUAAUUUAGAUAUACAUGGCAAUAAUUUGCACGUUUAUGAUAGUAAUAAUAGUUCGUCCUAUGUAACAAAAAAGAAAUUAUUUCAUACUUAUAAAAAUGUAUCAUCAUAUAAAAAAAAAAAAAAUACAUAUAUAAAAGAAUUAUAUAAACGCUCAGGAGAUUACGAUAAUUUCUCCAUUCAUACAGAUGAUACAUCUUAUAGUGAUGAUCACAUAUUAGAUAAUUUUACAAAUACAUUGAAAAAUUACAAUGAAAAUUUAUAUAUUGAUAUAGAAAAUAUAAAUGUAAAAAUGGAUACAGAACUAUUUGAAAAGAAUAUAAAAAAAUUCCAAGCUAAAAAAUAUUAUCCAAAUAUUGAUUUUAAAAUGUUAGAUGAAUUUUUAUCAUCAUCUAAUAAUAACUCAGUCCAAUCAUCUGUAAUAUCAGAUGAUGAAUAUGUAUUAGAUUCUGAUUAUUCCGAGCAAAUAAAGAAAAUAUCUAUGCAUGUAAAUUAUGAUGACUGUAACGAAGAUGAUAAUAUUAUAAGAUUUAAGAAAAGUAAAUUGGAAACGUUUAAUUAUAUAAAAAAUAUUAUGCAUCAGUUGAAACAUAUGAACAUAGAAGACAAAAGUAACAGCGAAAAAAGAAAUGAUGAUAAUAUUAACAAUAAUAAUGGUGAUAAUUUGAAACAUAUUAAUAUUGAUUAUUUUAUAAAACAAAACGUUAAGAAUAACUUUAAUGACAAUAUAAUGAUGCAGAAAGAUAAUAAUUUUGAUAAAGACGCAAUUUUUAAUAACCAGACAAAUGAAGUUAUUAAUUUAAUAGAAAAAGAUGAUAGUUAUUAUAAUUCUAAGCUUGAAAAAAUAAAAUAUAAUGAUGAACAUCUUAUAAAUGAUCAAAUGAAAAUAACGACAAAACCGUAUCCUUUAAUGGAAUAUUUGUUUAAAGAAAAUGAUGACAAAUAUAAUGAAAUGGAUAAUCAUAUUAAUGAUAUAGAUGAUGAUGAUAAUAAUAAUAAUAAUAAUAAGAAGAAGAAGAAGAAGAAGAUAUAUUUUUCUGAUGAUGAUAAUAUAAAUAAUUUAUGUGAUGAAAAUAUUUUUCGUAAAUAUCAUAUAAAAUCAAAUAUGAAUAAUAAUCAAAACAUAUUAAAUGUGAGCAAUUCAUAUAACCAAAAUAAAGUUUCUAAUAUUUCAAAAAGAUACAGUAUAGAGAAAAAUACAAACACUAUGAAAAAUCAGUUAGACAACAUGUCAUAUAUAUCUUCUUUUAAUAAUAUAAAGAAUGAGGAUAUUCUUAAUGUACAUAAUGAUCAGUUAUUAUCUUUUGAUACAAUCAAAUUAAAUAAUUCCAGAAAGAAUUAUCAUGAAAAUAAUUUAAUAAAUAUAAAAAACUGUGAUUCUAUUUCUAGAGACAUAUUAAACAAUGAAGAAAAUGAAAUAAUAUCAGACAAAUAUUCUGAUAAGUUAAUGACUUAUAAAAAUUAUGAUUCGCAAAAUGAACACUUGAAAGAAGAAAAAUAUAAUAAAAAUCAAAAAACGAAAACAAAAUUAAAUACAAUAAAUAAAACAAAAGAAUUAAAUUUAUAUACAUUAAAAACACAUCAUGAUGAUCAACAAAUAAACAAUCUUAGGAAAGAUACACCAACUGAUGCUAAUACUAAUGCAAAUAUUUCCAUGAAUAUAGAAAAUGUUUCAAAAACAAACAAAGAAACAUAUAUAAAAAAAAAUAUUCAUAUGAUUCAUAAAAGUAAUAAUAAUAUUCCUAAUGUUACUCCUAUUAUAACCAAUCCAACAAACAGUAAAAUGAAUAAUAUUGUGAAAAAAAAAAAAAGCACACAACAAAUCACCACUUUACAAACAAAAAAAACUAACAAAAAUACUGUUCUCAAAAUUAAAGGUGGAGAAGAAAAACAAAAGAAGAUCAUACAAACAAAAAAUAUCACAAGUAAAGUACUAAAUAAAAAUAUUGAAAAAAAAGGAGAAACAGUAUUAGUACCUAGUAAGAAAAAGGAAAAACUUAUGAACAAUUCAGAAAAAACAAAUAAAGAAGAAAAUUGUUCAAACAAGGAAAAUAGAUUAAUUAAUCAAAAAAUUAUGAAUACAUCUAUCAAUUUUGAUGAUACGCAAAAUUUAAGUGAUGAGGAUAAAUUUAUUUUCGAUUCUUAUUUGAAUGAAGAAAAUACAAAAAAGGAAAGUUUACAGGAAAUUAUAAGCAACCAGGUUCGUCAAUUUGAGCAAAUUUUUUUAUGA